UGAGAUAUGGACAACUGGGAUCCUCCAUGUUAUUUAAUUCUAACGCUUGGUUGAUUGUAACUUCAUAAAAAAAAGUGGGUGUAACACUAAGAAAAAAAAUGGAUUCAGAUGAUUUUUCAUCAGGAAGUCUCCUUGGUGGCCAUACUAAAGCACAUCAUGAUCGUCUUAAAGCAUGGGAUGAAGGAUUUACAGAACUCGAAAAAAUAUUAGAAGCAGCUGAAAAUCAUCAAACUGGCCAGUCUCUGAUACCUUCUGUGGAAAGAAAGCUAAUGUUAGGACCCCAUUCACUGUCUAUUUCACCUAUUUCAGCAGAUGUACCAGUACCAUGCAGUGAAAAAACAAAAGGGUUGGGAGACAGGGAAAUGUGCUUGGAGAAAAAAGAGGUUGUGGGUGUAGAACAACUAUCCGAUAAAACUAGAAAAGCCAAUACGUCAAAAAAAGGUGAUAUUUCAGAAACUCCAAUAAAAAAAAGAAAACUGUCAACAUCAAAUGAAACUAGUAUGGAGAAAAACACAUCUUCCUUACGUGGAAAUGAUUAUAGUAAUGAAAAGAAUGAAAAAAGUACCAUUGAUGAAAAGUUAACAGAUAAAUGUUCAGAUAGUGACGUCCUGAUAUCAGGCACUGACAAUGAUCAGCUUUCUGAAGAGAAAAAUAAUGAAAAUGGUUAUACUAGUGAAAAAGAAGAAAAUACAAAUGAUGAAAAGUUAACAGAUAAAUGUUCAGAUAGUGACGUCCUGAUAUCAGGCACUGAAAAUGAUCAGCUUUCUGAAGAUAAAAGUAAUGAAAACAGUGAUAGUUUUGACAGUGAAUCUGAUUAUAGUGAAGAAGAGGAUAAAAAGAAGAAACCAACUAAGAAAAAGAAAAACCUCUUCCAAAGGAGAGAAAUCAGGAAUAUUAUGUCAGAAAAUGAAUUGGAUGCUAAAACUAUACAAGCCCAAAAAGAAGAACAAGAAAGAAAAAAAUUUCUUCAGGAAACCCAACUUCGAGCUCUUCAGGAAAGACUUCUUCUUAUGAAAAGACUAGAAGAAAACCCUGAAAUACAGUUAACCUGUAUUUCUACACCAGCAGCAGCUUCUGUUCAACCACAGCAAAGUUCAGAAACCCUACCAGCAGCUGUUAGUAAUUCCGUAACAAUAAAGAAGGAACUUACGGCUGGUAAAAGAAAAGCAUCAGAUAAAGACAUAAUUCUUGUUGGUAGUAGUGAUGAAGAAAGUGACAAAACUCGUGUUGACCAGUCAAAAAAACUUGUUCAGACUCUAGAAGUUGUUGCUAACUCCAAAGACAUCUUAAAGAUUUCUUCAGAAAAUUAUACCAAAAUAGAGAAAAAGGAAAAAUCCAAUGAAGAGGAGGUGGAGGAUGAUGAUGUUGUCAUGGUGAGUGAUGAGGAUGAUAACAGCACUUUAGAUGAGGAUCACAGUGGGACUCACACUAACGAUACUUUGAACCAACCAAAUGAAGAUGGGUUAGUUCUAGUGAAUAUUGGCCAUCCACCAGAAGAACCAGAUAUUUUUUUGGCUCCUCAACUUAGCAGAGCAGUUAAACCACAUCAGAUUGGUGGAAUAAGGUUUCUCUAUGAUAAUGUGGUAGAAAGUUUGGAGAGGUUUAAAACAUCUGGUGGCUUUGGCUGUAUUCUUGCUCACAGUAUGGGCUUAGGAAAAACUCUCCAAAUAAUCUCUUUCACAGAGGUCUUUCUUCGACACACUUCAGCCCGAAAUGUGCUGUGUAUAGUGCCUAUAAAUACUUUACAAAAUUGGAUGGCAGAGUUUAAUAUGUGGUUGCCACAUGAAAAGUCACCGUAUCCUUCCUUUCCUCCAGAACAAUUCAGAAAAAGAAACUUUGAUGUGUUCAUUCUUAAUGAAAAUUACAAGACACUAGCUGCCAGAGCUGAAUUGAUAUUAGAGUGGAGAAAAAAUGGAGGAGUGUUUCUUAUGGGCUACGAAAUGUUUCGAACAUUCGCCUUGAAAAAAAUGCCAUAUAAUAAGAAGAGAAGAGAUCCAAAAAAGGAACUUGAUCUUAAAGACAUGGAGAGGAAUAGUCGGCUACUGGAAGAAGUUUACCUAGCUGUCGUCAACCCUGGACCAGAUUUAGUGAUAUGCGAUGAAGGCCAUAGAAUUAAAAACAGCCAUGCCAGUACCUCUGCUGCACUGAAAAGUAUACGGACCAAACGGAGAGUAGUGCUAACAGGAUAUCCUUUACAAAAUAACUUGCUGGAGUACUGGUGUAUGGUUGAUUUUGUACGACCUAACUACCUUGGCACCCGUAACGAGUUCUGCAACAUGUUUGAGCGUCCCAUUCAGAAUGGCCAGUGUCUAGAUAGCACUCCACGAGACAGGAAACAAAUGAGGUACCGAGCACAUGUUCUUCACAGCUUAUUGGAAGGAUUCGUACAGAGACGUGGACAUUUGGUUCUGAAGUCAAGUCUUCCACCCAAGGAGGAACAUGUGUUACUAGUUAGAAUGACACCAAUACAACGAAAAUUGUAUAACACACUAGUAAGGCAUCUGAGACUAGGGAACAAUGUCUGUAAUCCUCUUAAAUUUUUUGCAAUUUGUUGCAAGAUAUGGAACCAUCCAGAUGUUCUGUACAAAGUUUUAGAAGAUCAAAAGAACCAAGGAAAUUAUGAUAUAGAUCUUGAUUUUGAAUUUGGAUUGCCGGGAACAAGACAAACCAAUAAACCAGGAGAAACAAACUCUGUUAGAGGGAAAUAUGGCAAGACUCCUACUGUACAAGGAACAGGAAUGAACAAGACCUCUAGAAAUAAUUAUAUUCAAGAAGUUGGUUUUGCCCCUUUUAGAGAUAAAAAUGACAAGAUCACUUACGAAUGGGCUAGUCCUCUCAUGGUUGAUUAUCAGCCUAGGAUCCUGGAGAACAGCUACAAGAUGGAAGUUUUGUUUGCCAUCAUAGAACAAACUAUUUGUGCUGGAGACAAACUGUUGGUUUUCAGCCAGAGCCUGUUCACACUAAACCUCCUUGAAGAUUUUCUGGCUAUGAGAGCUGUACCUUUAAGGUCAAAUUUAGAGAAGUGGUGUCGAAAUGUGAACUAUUUCCGUCUAGAUGGAAGCACUAAUGGUUUGGAUCGUGAGAAACUAAUCAAUGAUUUCAACAAUAAUCCUUCUGUGAAUCUGUUUCUUCUGUCAACGAGAGCUGGGUGUUUAGGAAUUAAUCUUAUUGGAGCUAAUCGGAUUGUUGUGUGCGAUGCAUCCUGGAAUCCUUGUCACGAUGCUCAGGCAGUUUGUCGAAUAUACCGCUAUGGGCAGUCUAAACCUUGCCACAUCUACCGGCUUGUUACUGAUAAUAGCUUGGAAAACAAAAUAUAUGAACGACAGGUUAAUAAGCAGGGAAUGUCAGAUCGUGUCGUGGAUGAAUUAAACCCAAGUACUAACUUCACUUGGAGUCAAGUUACUAACCUUGUUAACUAUCAGGAAGAAGAAAAUCCCGUUCCAGUCUCUGACUCUGCAGCGAAAGCAACAGACCCAGUGCUUCGUUAUUUAUGUCAGAAUAUGAACUACUGCCUUAGUAAAGAACCCUUUGAGCAUGAAUCUUUGUUGAUUGACCGAAAAGAGCUCAAGCUUACCAAAUUUGAAAAACGUAUUGCCAAACAAACUUAUGAACUGGAAAAGAGAGCCAGUAUGUGUGGAAGUGGUUUUAUGAAACCAGUUUAUUUUAACAAUGGCCAGUUUCCUGUAAACCCUCUAGGAAGACCUCCACUUCAUGGACCACCUCGUGGUUAUCCUGGUAGCUGGUAUGCUCGAUCCCAGCCAUCUACUUCAGUCCCUGUGCAGCCUAUGAGUAACAUGGUGGGAGGCCGUCAAGUUUCACCAUAUGUGCCCCUCAUCCAGUUUCUUAUGAAGCAAGGUGUUAAUGUUCAGAGGGUGACAGUUCCAACUACUGUCAGUAUCCCAUCCAAUUCAGUACCAGGUCAGUCUAUAGUACUUCCUGCUGGUCAAGAAAUCCUUGUGCUAAGGACUCCCAAAGGAGUUUACUUGCGACUUCCUGAUGGUCGACUAGUUGCAGUGAGACUCCCACCUGAGCUGGCCGAGAACUUUCGUCGUCAGGGGCAAGUCUUAAACGGACAGUUUGCUGAAAUAGCAAAUGCAGCUCACCAAAAUCAGUCUCAAGUCCCAACCUCAACAAACAGACAGAACCAACGUUCUUUUGGGAUUGUUCAACCUACACUGCAGUGUGGAGGCACAGUUCAAUUUUCGGCAUCUUCCUUGAGAAAAACUGUCCAGACUUCACCUCCGGAAGUGAUUGAUCUUAGUGAUGAUGAUGAUGAAGUAGAGAAUAACAGCAAAGCAACUAAGAAAGAUCUUCCAACUGAUUCAAGUUCAAGCAGCACAAGUAGUUCAGAAACAAGUUCAGAAGAAGAUAAUUUGAACAAACCAUCCAUAUCAAGCAGUUGGACAUCUCCGACUGCUGUAUCUUACAGAAAUGUAACAAAUACAAGUUCUAAAGGAUUACCUGCUGUUCCUAUUGCUGGAUAUUUACCUUCUUUUCCAAACAAACCAUUUUCAAGUUCUGUUUCUGGUGCAGUUUCUUUUCCAACUAGGUUUCCAAAUAGAAACACUUUCCAUCAGCUGGUUUCUGAUGGACACCUUUCUGUGUCUAAAAAUUCCAAAAACCAACAUGAUGGGCAUAUCAGACAGAGUGUUAAUAGGCCACAGAAUCCCAACUCGUUAGUUGACGGUCAUGUUACCGAAACUCAAAAAUCUUCCCACUUAGAGCAAAAUGCUGAUCAACGUCCCACACACGUAAAUAUGCCAUAUGAUUCAAGUAAUGCCACCUUUGGAGGUACCAAUGGUAUAGAGCCAUCUUGGAUGCUUCAGGAGAAUUCUGUUCAUAAAGAAAAUCUUAAUACUAACUCGGACAGAUUUCAAACAAAUGUACCAAACCAGCAUUCCAGUACUCCAGAUCUUACUGCCUAUAGCAAACACAAUAGGCUUUUGAAUGAUCAGACAGCAUUGGGUAGUAACUUUGAUGAACAGAAUCAAUCUAUGUUUAUUUCUGAUAGCCUAGGUACAACAUCAGGAUCUUCUUUGCCAGUGUACACAAACUUAAUGUCUAAAGGUCAAGGCUUUGAACAUUGUACAACAGUCAGUUCAGAAAAAAGUGCCAACAAUGGCCAUUUGGGUAAGGAUCGUUUGGAUUUUACUUUUGUCAAUGAAAUGAGGGAUUUAUCCUCAGACAGAAAUAAUUUUCAUGAACAAGAAAGAAACAACUUCAGUAAUGAGCAACAUCCUGAUCCUUUUAAACAACAUCAGGGAGACAGUACCCAAAGGUUAAGUACAAGAGCUCAAGAAGUUUCUGUUCUCAGAUCCAAAGGUCAAAGAACUCAGUAUUAUCAGAAUACCUUUCCUGAUACAAGACAGGGUGGUUUUAUCCCAAAUUUUGUGGGUUCUCAAAGAACAUACCCUCAGAGUGUUGGUAAUUUCCAACAAUUUCAAUCCGAGUCAGAAAUCACUUUACCUAGCAAAGAAAUGAAAACACAGAAUUCUUUUUGUGAACAAAGAUUGAUGAACCAAGAUGUCCUUCCAACAUCCGUUUUAAAACCUUAUCAAGGAAGUGCACCUAAAGGAGACCAAUCAGUAUGUUCUGUUGCACAAGAAUCACCUAUUAGCAUGCAGAACAACUGUCAGCCGGUAUUCACUCAAAGUUCACGGCCAAGUAAGGUAAAUAUGUCACUUGAAAGGAACCAAAUGUUAAAGCAUAAACUUCAUGAACGGAGCUACUUCUCCCCAAACCUUGGUGCAAGAUCCUUGUCCUCCCAUAAUACUAUAUCCAGACUGCCUUCCUUUAGCAAUGAAAGUUAUACAGCAAAAGUUAGCAAUCAAGGCCAUGCGGUUCAACCAACACAGAGCUUUUUUGUGCCAGACUCGCAUGCUAACUCCAGCAGUACGAGCACCAGCUGUGUAUCUCUCCCUGUAGACACUGCUGCGCAAGACAGUUUUUCAGCAUCUACUUCAACUCUUUUGUCACAGCAGAUAGAUAAUGACUUUACACAGUUGGAUUCUGUCACAGAUUGGGAAGAAACACAAAAUUUGAGUGCCGUGGAAGAGGUUUCACGUAAAGGCUCCAAUCCCAGUCACUAUUCUACAUGAAAUUAGAAGUGUGUGGCUGUAAUCUCAAAAACUUUUAAUUAAUGAUGUAUAUUCAGGGUAAAUAUAACUUAAGCAAGGAAUUCAGUGUAGACUUGCAUAAUUUUCAUUGUAUGUUUUGUCCCUAUGAGUAACAAAAACGGUAAGAGUCGGCACUAUUCAAUCUAAUAUUCUUUUUCUUUGCAUGAAAAAAAUAUAUAUAUAUUGUACAGGGUUUGCAUAUAAAAUAGGAAUUGAGUGUGUAUCAUACAUUUAUUUAGUGCUAGCUGUUCAUUAAAGAACAGAACGUGACAUACUGAAGUAGUCAAGUUAAUUAUAUCCAGUUUUUAAAAUAUUAGCGUACAUACACACACACACACACACACCAAAAACGAGAUUAAAUAAAAUAUAUCUGUUAAACUGUGUAGAGAAUAACACUAGACCAGGUAUUUAGAAUGUUCUCAAAGUGUUAUAAAUCUUUAUUAAAACGGUUCUUUUUCAUAGUUACUAAAUACAAGAAGUACAAUUAAUAUACUUUGUAUUUGACCAUUUAUUGUAGUGAUUUUAAUACAUGUCCCUGUUUCGAUAAAAUGUUGAAUCAUGUUUUCAGUAACUGAAGUAGAUAUUGGCAUAGUUCAGUAGUAUGAAUAAUUUUUAAUUUGCUCAUGAUGUUGGAAGAAAAAUGUUCUUCUGAAAGCAUGCCUUUAUUUAAUUUACUCGUGUUUGUGUGUGUCUGUGUGAAAUGCUUAAAGAUCAUCGUGUCUUUAUUAUGGUAUUUAAAAUUUAGAAAGUGAUUAAUUUAGUAAUUUUUUUCAAAUAUUUAGUGGUACUUAUUCAUUACCGAUUACGUUAAAUAGCUGUCAUUCAACUCGUUAAACAUAUUAUUUUUGAGUUUCUAUUAAAUUUAUACGAUGAUAAUUUAAAAUCAAAAAUACACUCGUCUGUCUGUAUUUGUGUUAUUCUACCAUUGUGUAAUUCUGUGUAAGCACACUGUAGAAACAGAUAUUUUAAAUACUCUGUAGGUUGCAUUGUACAGGGGUUCAUCGACUAGAAUUUGUAUUUAUAUAUAUAUAAAAAAAAUUUGAGUUACCUAAAAAUGUAGGCCUAAUUGCAUCUAUGUAUAAGUGUAUGAAUGAAAAUCUUUUAUCAUUUAUUAAUUUAUAAGUAUAUAAUAAUUAAUUCAAAAUUAAACUAGUUUUCUUAAAGAAGUCCUCAUGAAGGGUUAGGCUGUAAAGUUGUUUGUUUGGGACCCCUCACCCUUGCCAGUUCAAUGAGGCAUUGGUCUCUUAUUCUCAAUGCUGGUGUGAAAUGUUUUGAUGGUCAGUAUUUGCUGAGGUUAGAUUAUUUAACAUCCUUAACUGUUUACACUAUGCAAGUUUGUUCAUUGAAAAGUAACAUAUAAAUUAUCAUGCUAAUGUCAUAUUUUGUUUCGUUUUAUCUUCUUUUACAGCACAAUCUCGUUAUUACUGCCAAUUUUUUUGUAAUUAUUAAGUUAUGUUUAAUAUACGAACUUUCAAAAUGCACGUACCUAGUUUUAUUGAAAAUGUAAUGUGAGUGUAACCUUUAGAGGUAACUCUUAGCUGAUGAUGGCACUUGGAUAAGUGAAAAAAGGCUUAAAGUAAAAAUAUAUAAUAUGUGCUUUUUGAUCUUAUAACAAAAGAAAAUGUACUUGAAGGUUAGAAAUGCUUGUGGAAAAUAAAUUAGUCACAUUGUUUUACUGAUUUAUAUAGUAGUAGUGUUUUUCAUGUUUCUGUAUUUAUUUUAUAAGGUAGGCAAGGUAGCUGCUAACUAGAACACAAAAUAUUAAUGUCGUUAGAGCUUUUAGUACACUAGAUAUUGACAUCAAUGUUUAUAGAGAUGGUUAUAUCAUUGUUGAUAUAGCAUUUAUAAAUAAAAAUUCUCCAUCACUUAGAAAAUAAAAGUGUCUUGCUUGAAUUUAACCAUUAGAUUUUUUUACUCUGGUGUAAACACUUUGAUUAUGCUUAUUGAAACAAAAGAAUAAAACAUUCUGCUACUUUU